AUGGACGAUUAUUUAUUACCACUCUUCGUAUUCCCAGGAUUCGAGAUUACACUUCUAUUGAAGGCCGUCGAGGAGAGUUCUAGGAUUUUUGGCGAUGGUUCGGGCGAGCAGUGGAAGCAUUUGAUUCGUCUGCUGCUGGAGCGCUUGGACAAAGCUGCGCCUGGGGGCGAUGCUGGUACCUCAAAUCAAUCAAAUUGGAUCGUUGUCAUUGAUGCCCUUGACGAGUGUGGAGGAGGCGGUGGUGCUAACGUUAUCUUGAAACUUCUUCACCGGGCUUCAAUGCUAUAA